AUGCGAUUUCUGCUUCGAGCGUUCCUGGCAGCCCUGCUGGCAAGCCACCUGCUGCUUGCAGCUUCAGGCGAUCCCACAUCAAAACAGGCAUCCCCACAGCGCAUCGACCUGCAUCACCACUUCCUGUCACCGUCUUAUGCCGCAUACUUGCGGACACAUGGAGGGAACAGGACUGAUCUGCCACAGAACUGGACAGCAGAGUCCUCACUGGCUUACAUGGAUGCCUCGGGCAUUUCUACUGCCAUCCUGUCGAUCACCAUCCCAGGCCUGGACUUUGGGGAACUGCAGGAAGCUUCCAGGCAGGCGCGAGAGCUGAAUAAGUUUGCGGCCAAGGUCGUCCGCGCGCAUGCAGGGCGCUUCGGCUUCUUCGCGGCGCUGCCGAUGCCGGACGUGAAUGCGUCACUCGCAGAGGCGGCUUAUGCGCUGGAUACACUCGGAGCCGACGGGGUGGAGCUAUUCGCGAACAGCCGCAGCGUGUAUCUGGGCGAGCCAGCCUCGGAGCCGCUCUUUGCCGAGCUCAACCGGCGCCGCGCGGUGGUGUUCAUCCAUCCGAACCAGCUGCCGGGGCCAAAAGUGCCGGGCCUCAAGUAUGGCGCAGCCGACAUUCUGCUGGAUACCACCCGGGCAGCCACACUCCUGGUGACGUCAGGAUUUAUGGCACGUUACCCCAACAUGUCGGUCAUCCUCUCCCACGCCGGCGGCAGCGUUCCCUUCCAGGCCGUGCGCAUCGCGCGCGCAUCAGCGCGGUCAGCCGCGAAUCCCGGCCCGUCGGCCGAUGACAUGGUCGCCGACAUGCGCAGAUUCUACUUUGACACCACGCUGUCGGGCAACAAGUACACGCUGAAGGGCCUUCUUGCGUUCACAAACGCGUCUCGCAUCACUUUUGGAACAGACUUUCUGUUCGGAAAUUCAUCCCUGCUGGACGCGAGCACUCGCGGAUUGGACGCCUUCUUUGGCGCCGGGGUAAAUAACGCGUGCAAUUGCGCCGAGGAAAAUAAUACAGUCACCGGCACCGGGGGCACCGGUGCCAGUUCAGGCUCCGGCUUCGGCCAGCUCUGGGUGCUGUCAUAA